ACAGUAGAUUGUCCAACAAUGAAGCUACUAUUAUCUGCAGGAGCUGCGCUUGCCUUCGUCCUUGGCCUAUGUGCCGCCGGCUCCCCACCUGCACAACUAAGUGUCCACACGGUGAGUUGGAACAGUGGACAUGAACGUGCCCCAACGAAUCUCGAAGAGUUACUUGGCCUUAACAGCGGAGAAACUCCUGAUGUGAUCGCAGUCGCCGUCCAGGGAUUCGGAUUCCAAUCGGACAAACCCAAACAGGGCCCAGCUUGCGUGAAAAACUUCCAAGGCCUCCUUACAUCAAAAGGAUACACCAAGUUGAAAAACACCAUCACAGAGACUAUGGGGCUAACCGUCUACUGUCUAACAAAACAUCUCGACCAGAAUACUUUGAAGAACGAGACCAUUAUCGUCACUGUAGACGAUCAGAAGAAAUCAGGCGGAAUCGUGACUAGUUUUACCAUUUAUAAUAAAAGAUUCUCCUUUACCACAUCAAGAAUGUCGGACGAAGACGUCACCAGUACGAAUACCAAGUAUGCCUACGACACCAGGUUAGACUAUUCGAAAAAAGAUGAUCCAUCUGACUUCCUAUUCUGGAUCGGAGAUUUGAACGUCAGGGUGGAGACGAAUGCCACCCAUGCAAAAUCCCUCGUCGAUCAGAAUAAUAUCGACGGGCUCAUGGCUUUCGAUCAGUUGAAGAAAGCCAAGGAACAGAAAUUGUUCGACGGCUGGACCGAACCGCAGGUCACCUUCAAGCCUACCUACAAGUUCAAGCCUAACACGGAUGAGUACGACUUGACCGCCACACCUUCCUGGACAGACAGAGCUCUCUAUAAGUCAGGUACUGGCAAAACGAUCCAACCCCUCAGCUACAACAGUUUGACCAACUAUAAACAAACCGAGCACAGACCCGUAUUGGCAAAAUUUCGUGUUACAUUGUAAUAUAUAUUUCAUUAUAUGUACACAGUUAUGUGCUGCUUCAUCUGCUUGAAAUAAAAUCUUUUCAAAACGAA